AUAAGUGACGUUAAUGUAAAUUUAAUAGAAUUUUGUUGUAAAUAAUAAUUAUAAAUUAUAAUUUAUAAAUAAUUAAUAAAUUAUCAUUAAAAUAGAUCGUGAGUUAAAUGAUUUAGGUGAUGAAAAAAAAAUUAUAACGAUUUUUUACUCCAAAAUAUUUCAAUCGGCUAUUUUUUAAAGCUGUGAUUAAUAAUUAAGUUAAUUAAUUAAUAAAUGAUUAAUUAAAUAUUAAUUAUUUGUUAUUUAUUUUGUUGAUGAAAAAAUUUUAAAUGGCUUACUGUAAUUAUUGUUGAUAAUUAUAACUAGUUUGUGGCUGUGUUGAUCAACAAUGGCUGGAAACUUUUGGCAAAGUUCACAUCAUCAACAAUGGCUAUUAGACAAACAAGAUUUGAUUAGAGAACGACAAUUCGAUCUUACGAUACUGAAUGAAGAAGAGUAUCAAAAAUUAUUUAUUUUUUUUGCCAAUUUAAUUCAAGUACUUGGAGAACAAUUAAAAUUACGUCAACAAGUGAUAGCAACAGCAACAGUUUAUUUUAAACGUUUUUACGCAAGAAAUAGUUUAAAAUGUAUUGAUCCUUUAUUGUUGGCGCCAACUUCUGUAUUUUUAGCAUCCAAAGUUGAAGAAUUUGGUGUUAUAUCAAAUACACGUUUAAUAACAACAUGUCAAACUGUAGUAAAAAACAAAUUUAAUUACGCCUACACUCAAGAGUUUCCAUACCGCACAAACCACAUUCUGGAGUGUGAAUUUUAUCUUCUAGAACAUCUAGACUGUUGUUUGAUAGUUUACCAACCGUAUCGACCUCUUUUGACUUUGAUCCAAGACGUUGGACCCGACGAUCAAUUACUUACUCUGGCGUGGAGAAUCAUCAAUGACAGUCUGAGAACUGAUGUGUGUCUUCUGUACCCUCCUUAUCAGAUAGCUAUCGGAUGCUUGCAGAUUGCAUGCGUGAUACUGCAAAAAGACUUGAAGUCAUGGUUCGCUGAACUUAAUGCCGACAUGGAGAAAAUUCAAGAAAUAGCUCGUUAUAUUAUAAAUCUCUAUGAGCUGUGGAAGACAUAUGAUGAGAAAAAAGAGAUUCAGGGCUUACUUGCUAAAAUGCCAAAACCUAAAGCAGCGCCGCAACGCUGACAUGACGAUGAAUUUGGCAUUUAUGAAUCCGCAUAAAUGUCCGUCUUCGAUUAAUAUAUUUAUCAUUUUUAUUUAAUAAAAAUUAACAAAUGCAUCCAUGUUAAUCAUUGUCAUAUAAAAUAAGUUAAUAUAGUAAUAAAUAGACGUCAAUCAAUUUUUUGCUCCGCAACUAUUGAUCUCCGGAAAAAAAAUUAUACAUGUGAAAUAUUUUUUCAUGAUACCAGCAUUUAAACUUGAAGUUUUAGUGUCUCUUAAAGUGGUAGCCAGUCGAAAGAAGCUGAUUUUAGUCCAAUGCCGCGAAUUAAAAUUAGUAAACGCAUAAAUUGUGAAUGCCUUCAGUCAGCGGGCAGAAACAAACUUGUUUCGUCCCGAGGGAACAAAAUACUAUUUCUGCCCGCUGACUGAAGACUUUCGCAAUUAAACUCUGAUACUUGUCAUUUUUUAAAUAGUAAUUUCAGAGCAUUUAUUUUAUUUACGUAAAUGACAGUCCUGUCUGUGAUUAAGUUUUUAAAAAUUAGUGUCAACAAUAAAUAGUAUUUAUAGUUCCUGCUUAAUUAUAAAUUGCAAAUGACAAUUAACGCUUACGCUAUGAGUUGAUGACACCAUUGGUUUUAAAUUAAUUUUUUUCUGACUGACUGCUGACACUGAAACUCUAAGUUCCAAUGUAGGUUUCAGACUGCGGUUGAUGUCAGCCUUCACCCUGGUCUGAAAUCGUUGUUUAAUCCCUUGCCACACAGUAUACUACUUUUCUCUCCAAACAGCAUGUUUUGUCUAAAGAUCUGUUUGUAUUUUAUCCGGAAAUGAAUAGUCGGUGGUUUGAAUUUCUAAGUAUUGAUCUUUUUACAUUCUUCCAUCUAAAGUAGUUGACAUAAAUCAAUCAUACGGUUUUUUAAAUUCAAAAAAUUAACAGUUCGAUAUCUAUUGAGCUGUUAUUAGAUUUAAAAAAAAUACUUAAUAGAUGGAAUGAUUAAUUAACUGGAUACUAGGCCAUUAAUUAAAAUUAAGCUUGAAUAAUUUAUAAUCAAUUAAGUUAAAUAAUUACGCAUUUAAAAGUGAAAUGACAAAUAAUUUUUUUUGUAUUUGUCUUAGUGAUAGACAAUUUGAAUUUAUAAUAAUAAUGAAAGAUGAUCGAUGAGGUAAU